AGAGCUGUGGGUUCGGCCGUUUCUCGAACUGUGCUCUGCUUAUCCUGCCCCACCGAGGUGGGGCUCCUCCUGCCACCUGAGCUGCUCACCCGCAGGCUGUUUAAAAUGCAGGUUCUGGGGCUCAGCCACACCUCCUGAAUUGGAAUUUCUGCGAGUCUAGAAAGCUGCGUGUUUCCCAGGGUGCGCGGAUGAUUCGGAUGUUCGCUGAGGUUGAAAAGCCGUGGCUUGUAGUAUGGGGUCUGCUUUGUUUCAUCCUGAACAGGUUUCCUCCGUUUCUCUCUUUAAUUUGAGCUCCAGAGAUGGAUACCAACUUCAAGGACAGCAAGCUCCCUGAAACCAAGGAGUCUGCUGUUAAUAAUGCUGAAAAUGCCUCUUUAGUUUUUGGAAAUGGGAACCUUGUAACUCCUCAGAAACACGCGCGCAAAGUGACUCCUAAUUGUUGCACACCGGAUAGUUUUAAAUCACCUUUGAACUUUUCCUCAGUAACUGUAGAGCGCUUGGGAAUUACACCUGACAGCUUUGUAAAGAACUCUUCUGGAAAGUCAUCAUCCUACCUUAAAAAAUCCAGACGACGCUCUACAGUCGGUGCCCGGGGCUCUCCUGAAACAAACCAUCUUAUUCGUUUCAUUGCUCAACAGCGGAAUUUAAAGAAUGCAGAAAAAUCUCCUUUGACACAGAAUUCCCCUUUUCAGAGAGAAAGUAUUUGGAGGAGAAGUCAAAGAGAAAUGGCUCUCCAUCUUUCGUCCACUGCUCUUGUUUCCUUCUUGAAUAUCUCAGCAACCACGUGGAUGAUCCAUCCAGCAUCCUGGUGGUCUCAGGGCAGCCCUGUACUAUAUCAAAAUGUUAAUUCUUUAAGAGAACGAAUAUCUGCUUUCCAAUCGGCUUUUCACUCCAUAAAGGAAAACGAGAAAAUGACUGACUGUCCUGAAUUCUCAGAGGCAGAAGGAGAGUUCAAGACAACAGGCUUGACCAAAAAGGAAAAUGUUGGUGAAUGUCAGCUCUCUGAGUUCCUUGCAAAGUCAUCGUCCAAACGUCGGAGAAUAUCCUCUCAGAGCACCUCUGAUGAAAAUCUAACUGGUACAGUUGGUCUCCAGAUAGUCAGUAUUGCUACUUCUUCCGAUGCAGGCAGAAUGUGCGCUGUUGAAACUUCUCUUGCAGAUCUCUCUGAGAAAUCUUCUGAAUCUGGUUUAACACAGUCUGGAUGGUUAGUUGAAGAGUCUGUUCCACUUCCAGAACUCACGGAGGAUUCAGGUGGAAUCAAGGUUGCUGACUGUGUAGAGGGCAGAGGAUCAUGCGAUGCUGUUUCACUUGACAAAUUUACACAAGUGAGCACAGAUACAGCUCCUGAAGUCAGGUCACCGGUCAUUGCACUGUGCAGAAGGGACAGUCCGUCCUCUGAGACCAUCGUUCUGCGUUCUGUGCUGAAGAAACCUUCUCUUAAGCUAUGUCUAGAAAGCCUCCAGGAGCACUGUGACAACCUUUGUGACGAUGGGACACAUCCAAGUUUAAUCUCAAAUCUUACAAACUGUUGUAAAGAACGAAAAGCAGAAGGUGAAGAAAAUUGUAAAGUAUCGGCCUGUCUAAAUAUGAGGAAGAGGAAGAGAGUUACUUUUGGAGAGGAGCUAAGCCCUGAAGUGUUUGACGAAUCUUUGCCGGCAAAUACACCAUUGCGUAAAGGAGGAACGCCUGUUCGUAAAAAGGAUUCAAGUGAUGUCAGUCCCCUGCUACUGGAGCAGUCCCCAGUUCCUGAGCGGUUACCGCAGCCAAAUUUUGAUGACAAGGGGGAGAAUCUUGAAAACAUAGAACCUCUUCCUGUAUCGUUUGCAGUUCUGAGUCCUCUUAAGUCUUCAAUCUCUGAGACUCUUUCAGGCACUGAUACCUUUAGCUCUUCAAAGAACCACGAGAAAAUAUCCUCCCAUGGAGUUGGUAGAAUAACACGGACCUCUAACAGAAGAAGCCAAUUGCUUAGUUUUGCAGAAGAGAGUGUUUGCAGCUUAUUUAAUACAGAAGCUCAGCCUUGUAAAGAAAAGAAAAUAAAUAGGAGGAAGUCUCAGGGAAGCAAGCGCACAGACAGAGGACUUCCUAAAAAGAAUCAAGUUUUAAAAAGUUGCAGAAAGAAGAAAGGAAAGGGAAAGAAAAGUGUUCAGAAGUCUUUAUAUGGGGAAAGAGAGAUUGCUUCUAAGAAGCCGCUCCUAAGUCCUAUUCUAGAGCUGCCGGAGGUCUCUGAGAUGACGCCUUCGGGUCCAAGCGUCCGGAGGAUGUGCCGAGAUGAUUUCAACUCAAAUGGUGAACUUGAAGAAGUGAAGCUUGCUAAAAGAAAGACUCUCUUGCUUCAGAACCCAGAAGAUUUCCAGAUGAAUCAACGCUUUAAUAAGUACCAUGUAUCUGAAUUCUGCAGCUCUUACAUAAAAAGUUCUUCAUUGCUUGUUAAUGCUACUUUUGAUCAAGAUUCAGAUAUAAAUACUCCAGAAAUUAAUGACAAUAAAAAUAUUUCAAAAGCAGAAAUAAAGUUGGAAAGUCAAAAUGAACGAAAAACUGGGACUGAGAAUGGAAAUAGUCAUGUUUCUUAUGCUUCUGUGACUGAAAAACCCAUUGUAUCAGAUAAUCCAAAGCCUGAUUUUAUCCUGCAGUCCCAAGAAUUUUCUGCUUCUGGUCAAAAUGUGGAAAACCCUUUUCGAAUAUUUAAAAUUUUAGAAGAUAUAAACAUAAAGUGUGAAAAACCAGAUGAUUUCUUAGUAGCUACGGAAGGAAAACUGCAGACCAAGCAUUUAAUGUCUGACUUACAAAAAGAAUGUGAUUGUUCAGAAGAUGUCUUAAUUGACAUUACAAAAGAAAGUAAAAAUCAAAGUGAGGAUUUGGGAAGAAACUCCGCAGAAAGCAGUGGUGUGAAUUGUAGAGCAAGGAAACAGAGAAGACACUCCAUGUAUUAUUCUGAUGGUCAAAGUUUACAUUUGGAAAAAAAUGGAAGUCACAAAGCGUCCUGCAGUAUGAGCAGCUCUGCAGAAAUUAGUUUAGGAAAUUCUGAACUGUAUAAAGAUUUAUCUAACUCCAUAGAGCAAACCUUUCAGAGAACAAAUAGUGAAACAAAAGUAAGACGCAGCACAAGGCUCCAGAAGGAUGUGGAAAAUGAAGGGCUUGUGUGGAUUUCACUUCCAUUUCCUUCCAUCUCCUGCACUUCUCAGAGAACCAAAAGGAGAACAAUAUGUACAGUUGAUAGCAGAGGAUUUGAAAGUGUGUCCUUCAGACAGAAACCGUGUACGCCGCCCUCCACAUCAGGUAGAGAAAACAGUGAGGGCUUUGCUGCCAGUUCUCCUUUACCUGGGAAGAGGAGGAAAAGCUUUUGUACAUCUACACUUGCAAAUACUGAAAGCACUACUCGGUCAAAAUGCUACAAAAGAAGAUCCUUCCUCCGGCAGAAGGAAGAAAGCCCUCUAAAUGACGUGGAGAGAAGUGGACAUACUGGAGCACUAAAGCAGUAGCUGACACUUCCUGCAGAGCAUCUGGCAAGAGGGAAGGUACCGUCCAUGCUUAAAAGAUUCUUUCAUUCUGCUUCCCGUCCUCUGUUCAACUUCAGUGUUUUAAAAGUUUCAAAUAAAUAAAAUCAUUUGAGUUGAACCUACUCUUAAGCAGAAAUAAGUGAAUUUCUUCAUUCAAAAAGAAAACAUUCUAUUGAAUAUGUUCCCCCCCAAAUGGUAAAUGUUUUAUUAGUAUUUUGCUAAAAGGAAUUUUUAGACCCAACAAACGUCUCUUAAGUUUUAUUUCAUGCUAGUAUACAUGUACCACUAACGGUUUAGAGUCUGUUGUAAAAAAACAGCUUUUAGAAUUGACUUGUUCUAUCUGGAUGAGAAGAGGUUUUUUUUUUUAAAAAAAGACAAAUUAAUAGAAUUAAUGUACAUUGAAAAAUGUUAAAGUGGGGUGAGAUGUAUU